ACCGUCGGGAUUCACGAAUGAUGUCUCCAAUACAUGUUUAUUUGACGAGAAAGAGGAAUUUCCGAAUCACGAACGCCUCACAAUUAUGAUGAUGCAUGACAGAAUUGACGUAGAAAGCAGCUCAUCACUGUUGGCAGUUAAAGUUCAGUUGGGAGAAGAAUCUUUGACGUAUCUCGUGAGCGGAUUACAGUCUCCAAUAGCACGCAGCACACGCGUGACCGUGUGGUGGCAGCACACGAUCAACCCAGCUUCACCUUUAGGUCAAGUGACAGAUUGCGUAAUGGCCGGACACCUAAAGGAUACUAAGGAAGACAGGAUGCAUAUUUCAUUAUGCGAUAAACUGAUCGGAUGGUUCGAGUACGGUAACUGGUCCUUCACGAUAAUCAAUGGCACAGUUCAGAAAGAACUUGAUUCACAUGAAGGGAAUGUUGAAAUCUUUGUAUCUAAGACGGAAAGGCGGCGAACGACAAGAGAAACCGACUCGUUGAGUGGCCGUGUCCAUAUGCGAGAGCGAAGGGACACCACUCAAAAUCUAACAAUCGAGACUGUUCUUAUUCUGGAUGAGCUUUAUAUUUCCAAGAUGGCGGCGGCAGGGUACAUAUCUGAUACACAACUCACGGAACUUAUGAUAUUGAAAUGGUCAGGAGUCCAAGCUGAGUGGGGAAAGGCAGACCAGCUAGGGUAUAACGUUGUUCUAGAGAUCAAGGAGAUCGCAUUCUGGAGGACUAACCCGGGGAUAAAGUGA